AGUAUCGACCGCUCGUUGGCCGCAGCAACUUAUUUCAAUAUGGACCAGCCGUCUCUGGAAGCAUAUGCGCUCGAGGUAUCGCAGGACCUGCUCGCAAACGACCACACGCACAAUUCCGCGGCAUGGAACUCCAAUCAAGACAACAACGCAACUACAAGCGCGGAAACGAAAACGGGAGACACACAAGAUGAGGUUACUGAUCAACGACGAGAUUCCGCCUACCCAGGAGGAGAAGAAGACACGCCGGAUUCAUGUUCGAAUAAACGCCAGGGAAAGAUCCCCGCAUCGACGACUGUACCUGAUCGACCGCGAUUAGACUCCCCUACUAUCCCUUACACUCUCUAUACUCCUGCUGCUCCUCCUCCUCCUCCUUCUGCAGCUACUCCUGACUCCUCCAACCUCCUCUUCUCCACACUCAAGCCCCAGCAAACCCUCCCCACCACAAACACCGCCCACGAAACCCCUCCACAACACAUCAUCACCUACACAUUCCCCAGCCCGUGCGAACCUCCGCGCUACUACAUCCCUUUCCAAACCCCUCAGCCCGCCUCCACCUCCAUCAUCCCCCGGCUCUCUUCUAUUUCCACGACGACAGAGAACAGCAAUAAACCCCGCCAACGCAGAAUCGUGCGUGGCGCACGCAUCAUCGUCCCCGAGCGGUGGCAGAAAAACGACAUGCUGCUCGAGUACGUGGAUGAUUUCGGAACGACCAAGAUGCUUCGUCGAGUCGAUAAAGCGGAUAUGCAAGGGACGCCUACAACAUGUAUGCUUGGGGUUUGGGAAGGCGGUGGCGGCGGUGGUAAUAGGGGAAGAAGGGAGGAAAGCGAGGAGGAUGAGGAAGAGGGAAGUAGGAUGCAACAAGACUCACCGAGGCCUCGCAACAACAACAACAACAACGCAGCAGAGGAGCCCUUUUAUACAACGACCCCGACACCACAAGUUGAGAACAGAAACAACAACAACAACAGCGAUGCUACUAUAAACAGCGAUAUCGCGUUCCCCCACCGUCACCGUCACCGUCAUCGUCGCCAUCAUUCCCUUGCCCAAACCCUUGACCACGAUCUCACACCCCCAGCCUCUCUCCUCGUUCUCCCCCAAACCCACCCUCCAUCCCAAUCUCCAUCUCGAGCCUCCCGUAUUCUUCUGCUCCCCUCGCACAUAUUACCCCCACUCUCGCGCCUCCUCACAUCCCUCCUAGCUCCCCUCACGAGCCUAAAAACCGCGCUGCAGACUACGUACAACAACUACCAUGCCAGGCGCGGCAGUCUGGGCUCGCAUUCCGGGCCUGUCGCGCAGGCGCUGCGGCAGAAUGUGUUGAGGGCGGGUGAGAGGGGGUGUGAUUGGGAGAGCGGACGGUGUGUUGCGCGGUGGGGUGAAGAAUGGGGGGCAGGAUCAGGAAGAGGGAGAGGAGCGGUUAAGAAAGGGUGGUUUGGGAGGUUGAGGAUCGGGGGGUGGAGGAGGGAGAGAUAG